ACAGUCGAACCGAGUCGGCCUAGCCUGCCGACACGCCGGUCAUUUUAUCUCAUGAAUACACUCUCAAUAUGACUGCCAAUGUAAUUUCGUAAUCAUGAAUUUCUGCACGUAGUAUUCGAACACCAAAAGCUUACACUUGUGUUGUAUUUUCUUCAAGUUUUCUACGAUAAGAAAUGGAUGUGGAAGAUUUUUCAAUUGUUUUGUCCGAAACCGCAAAUUGUGAAAAUAACUCUGAUAUCGUCAACAACUUGGAUUUUCCUGAACAAUAUGUUGCACUUGCAGACACCUCUCAAAUUUUUCGUUUAACUGUGCCAUCGACUGUGUACAAAGUGAAUGGUGAACAGAAUUGUAAGCGCUGUAUGAAUGGAUGUAGGCUGAUGAGGCCAACGACAACGUUUCCUCAUGUUUUAAAAACCCUUAAUUCGCACGCAAGCCCUCCUAUCUGCCGUUCCAGUAAGAUGAAGUUUACAUGGCAUGCUUGGCAUAGUUUAUCUUUCAUGUCUUCAUUUCAAGUUCAUGAAUAUCCUUCUCUUGUUCCUCAUGAAAAUGCUGGUGCCAACAACAUGGCCCAUCUUGAAAAUGUGAAUUAUCAAGUUCAACUUCAAAUUGAUCUUUGAUAGAGCUAAGAUAUAUAUUAGACUAAUAAUUCUAGACACUAAUAAAUCAGAGACUAAAUUUCUGAAGUUUCAAACAUGAAUUCUCUUUAAUUUUUCUACAAGCGAAUUGUAAAAAUGGCAGACGUUGCAGUCCGUAAUUAUAGAAUGUCUCGUGGACAUCAUAGACAAAACUCUGAGAAGCAAAAUUAUAGCUACACAAGUGGACGAGGGAAUCCCUGUGCACAAAAAUAUCAAAGAAAGAAUCCGAGCUGGAGUGAUCAGAAUCGGCCAACUUUCUUCCGUUUGGAUAGCACUGGAGAGAAUUCAGGAAGCAGCUGCGAGGAUUUGAACGGAGCAAUUUCCCCAGAAAUUCAACAAGCAUCUAAUCGCUGCCAGCCUAGAUUUAAACCGCAGGACAAUACGUGUACUCAUCAAGGUGUUGGUCUACUUGACAAAGUCAAAUCUGCCUUUGGAGCGUCAAAUCAAACUUGGAAUCCUCCUCGGAGGGAGACGACCAGAAACUUGAUGCAGUCGCAGGGGACCCUGCCAAGUAGUCCAGACUCACAUCUUGCCACUUUAGAUUCUGUAGCAGAAAAGUUAACCAACAUGAGCAUGCCAAAACAUCCUCCGCAUUGGGGUAACCCGAUGGCAAACUCGCAGCAGAGUAGCCAGAGGGGUCCUCCCCGUCAUAACGCCCAAGGCCAGUGGGGACGGACUUUUGUUCCGCAGGAUAGAGGCCACGCCCCAAUCUUCCAUCCUUACCAGGGAAUGAACCAAUCCCCUUUUCUGGCAUCGACACAAAAUUAUCAAAGGAACUUCUACAGUAGUAAUCCUUGGCAUCAAAUGAUGGAUGGGAAUAAUCAAUGUCAUCCUCCUUUUGAUCAGGGAUUCCAUCACUUUGCUCCCCCUCCUCCUCCUUUUCCAUGGCAACAGUUGCUAGGUCCCCAGAUGAUGCAAGGGUUUGCCCACCAGGGACCAAUGAAUAGAAACCAGUGGGCUCGAUCUCCUCCAAAGAAGCCUAAGUGGAAUAAUGGACAUGGAAGUCGGCAAAGAACAUUUCCUCAGUCAAAGCCCAAGUCUCAGUCUCGAUGCCGUGCUGAUCAUAGCAGUUCUUCUGUAACAUCCUCCUCUGAAACAUGUGUCCAAAUCUCCAGUCAAAUCAGAUCAUGUAUUGACAAGACCGUUGAUGUACAUGUACAGAUCAACACAUCUGAGGUUAAAAGUGAUGAAACAUUAGUGACUGCUGACUGUGGUUCAGAAGAAUUCAUAGGACAUGUAGUUGACAGUUGUGCAAUAAAUUCACAAGAACUGGCAGAAGACUUAGUAAAGACUUGUCAAUCUGAGGAACGUGCAGGUAUUGCAAUUCUUAGUGACCGCAGCAAGUCAAAUACUUCAUGUCUCUUGGUAAAAGCAAAUGAGAAAAAUGUUGCUGUUCAAGGUGAAAAUUGUCAAACUACCAAUGAGCGUAAAGAUGGCAGUAAAAAGAAUGAAGAAAGCGAGUUUAAUGAGCGACACUCAUCGAUUGAACUUAUUCUCGCCGACUACAAGGUACAAUCCAGCACUCAAGAUAAAGAGAUGGCUCUUUCAUCCAGCAGUGAUCCGGAAUCAGGAAGUGAUUCAGACAGUGCAGUAGAGGCAAAUGCAGAUCUUUGGGAGAGUUUCACAGCAAGCGAUGACCCAUACAAUCCUCUAUGUGGCUGGCGCUGUAGUGACAGUAUUCAGCAGGGUCACCCUGGCAAGAAGUCGUCUUUCCAAGACUGCCACAUAGACUCUGGAACAGAUGAGGGGGACAAUUGGUCAGAGACGGAUAGUGAUGAUGACUAUGAUAGUGGGGAUGAUAGUCCUGUUGACGAUGUUGACACCGGUCUUCCAAGAUCAUUCAAGCUGUCUAAUCCUCAGCUCCAGGAACUGAGAGACAGCCUCUCCUCGACACCCAAAGAGAAGCCAGAUUCUGCUUCUGGUCAUCACCCUUCAGUGGCCUUUAUCCUUGGUUCAACCUCAAGUUCAUCCGAUGACGAUGACGAUGACUGGGACACUCUUGAUGAUCCCUCUACCUUAGAGGAUGAUCCUCUCUGGGACUCGUUCAACAGAGCAAGGGACCCGUACAGUCCCAUGGAGGCCUGGAAAUGCCAUGAUUCUAAUUUGUCUUCCACCGUUCCCGCCCCAAGCCCUUCAACCCCAAUGAGAAAAGACUCCGUUGAAGGACAAAGGACUUUGUUGCUAGCAUCAACAGAACAGAAAGAGACACUACCUCAGAUAUGUGAGGGAUUGCCUUCCAGGGACAGUGACGUUGAAAUCUUUGAUAUUGCUACUAUCAGGGUCCAUGGGGCCCGAGAUGAUAUCGACCUUGGAUCACCCACAGUCGCUGAAGGUUCUAUGAAGCGUGUUGCCAGUGCCAGCUGUCUAAGGAGGUACCAGUUGACUCCUCAAGACAAGGCUUUCAAAAAGGUUCGCUUCUGCCCCGACUCGUCUUUCAUUGUCCUUGUCGAGAAGGAUCCAGCGUCCUGUGAAACCAACCCCACCCAGGCCUCAGAGAACGACUGGCAAGCCUGUGCAAGGGAUAGGAUGAGAUUCAAGGCACGCAUUGAUCAACUCUGUCAUGUACUUGACCCUGUUCUCACAAACACACAUCGGGAACAAGUCUACGCAUCUCGAAUGGCAGAGGGGGAGGACAGAUGACACCUAGACGAUCAAGGUGUAAAUUGAUUAUUAUUUCCCUAAAUGUAUUCUAUAAUAUUCUAUAUAUUUGCUCCAUUUAUUCUCUCAUAAUCAGUUUUAUUUAUAUUUUAAGAGUUAAUAAUUGAUAACACUAUAGAAAACAUCUACAUGUAUAGCAAUGUUAAGGUUGGGGUACUAAAUAUAGGAUAUGUGGUGGAUACAUGUACAUGUUUGUGCAACAGAGAAAACCCCUUUUCUUACUCUCAAAUUUCUGUUCUUGCCUUCCCUUUACAAUAGCAAAUGGAUACUUUUCAACUUGCAUAUGAUGUUUAAAUGUUUCUCACAGUCAAAGUUUCUAGUUUUAAGGAGACACUCAAACACCAUCUUUUUUAAAAUUAGCCUGUUCAAAUGCUCGCAUUUUACCCACAGCACACACAUGUACUUACUAAAUUUGGGAUCAAGUGCAUCUUAUGUCUUUAGAAUGGGGAAGAAAACAUAAUUAUGAUUUUUUAUUUCGGACAGUUUGUAAUGAUUUGAGUUUACAGGUAUUUUGGCCUUUUACUUUAAUUACAUGUAGAAUCUGUUAUUUACACGGUACCUUUUUCCCUCUCUACAUCACAUGUAAGUCAAACAGAUGUUUGUGGUCCCGACUCUUGGGGCAUUUGUCUUGGAACAGCCAUUUUCCUGUUUUAGAUACCCCUUCCUGAUUGUAUGGCAAUAUUUCAUUUUUUUUCAUAUUGCCUUUGAGUUUAAUAUAGAUAUCUUGUUUUUUAAAAAUGUAACUAACUCUAAUUCAAUUUGUCCCUUUUUUGUUGUAGAUUUGGGUAAUGUAACAUAAAAGUUUAUUUGAUUUUUCAAUUGAUUUAAUAUUCUAGCUACAUGCAUUCAUUUGCAUGAACCAGGAGAAUAAUCAGUUGUAAAUAAUUGCUUACUGAGCCCUUAUAUUUCUUUUUUUUUUGUUGUUGCAUGUUUAAAUUAAGUGCCUUUUUCUAGUAAAUUGUAUUCUUGUUAUUUUCAUCAGGUUGGUGUUUCAUAAAGCUGUUCGUAAGUUACGGGCAACUUUAAGAAUGACGGGUGAUCCUUUCUUAAGCGCUAAAUAAUUACCAAUGAACAUUUAGUGGUGGAUAUCAUUCACCACAAGAAAGGGUCACCUGUCGUUCUUUAAAGGAGAAUGAAACCCUUGAGACCAGCUGAAUCCAUAUCAAAGAGAAAAAUCAAAGAAACAUAUUGUUGAAAGUUUGAGGAAGAUUGAAUGAAUAAUAAGAAAGUUAUGAGCAUUUGAAUAUUGAGAUCACUAGUGCCAUGUAGAUCCUCCCAUCGGCAAUGCGACCAAGAUCUGUGAUAUCACACACGUACAACUCCCUCAUAAAUUUAGUACUUAUUUAACUUAUAUUCUCACUUUUAUAGAGUCUAUCACAAGGUGAGGUGUUCUCUUUAUGAGAUGACAAGUACAGAGGUUUCACAACAUUAUAUCAUUGAUGAAUCGUUUGUCAUAUGAUUAGAAUGAGCAAAAAGAGAUGUUUUGGGGUAUAUUUUCAGUGUCCAAAUGGGAGAGUUGUACGUGUGUGACAUCACAGAUCUUGGUCGCAUUGCCAAUGGGAGGAUCUCCAUAGCAUUAGUGAUCUCGACAUUCAAAUGCUCAUAACUCUUUUAUUGCUAGUCCUAUUUUACUCAAAGUUUUGUUGAUCUUAUUCUUUGAUUUUUCUGCUUUCACAAAAGCUAACUUGCUCCAAGAGUUUCAUUCUCCUUUAAGUGAUUCUUAACUUUAGAAGUAUGAACAGCUUUACGAAACGCCCCCAGGACCUUUACCCAGUUUGAACACAAAGCUUAGCGCUUGAUCGCAGGGCUGGUAUUUUCAAGUAUGACGACAUUGAUCAUUGUGUGCAAUCAAGCAUACAAAUUAGCUGUAUGAUCAAUGACUAGAUUUUGUGUGGCUGGAUCCUGAUUCCUGAUGAUGGCAUUACAUGUACAUGUGCAUACGCAUGAUGUGGGCAGCUUUUGUCUUUACAUGUGCAAUUGUGCAUUACAUGUACACUACAUGUAUACACAGGGAAUACUUUUGCUUUACAGAUUUGAAUAGCAUUUUGGGUCAUAAGAGAAAAGCUCUCAACUAAGUAAUGUACAGUCCUAUGUAAACAUAUGCUAUACAAAAGACUUUAUGCAUAGCAGUCUUUCAAAAAUGUGGAGCAAAUUGCGAUGCGAUACCAGGAAAAUUAUCCCCCGAUACAUGAAGUGGAUUUCAAAUUGAAUUUAUCAUAAGUUUACAUGAGGGUUAACAUGGGUUCUUUUUGAUGGAAUAAUAAUAAGUCGGAAGUGGCAAUUAUAACUAGUAGUAGAGGUACAAGUAAAAGAAAUAUAACUUGUGUAGAAACUGCUUUUAAAUUUGUACUUAAAAUAAAGUUUAUAGGGAUUGAGUAUUUUUUCUUGACCUACAUGAUAUGAUCAUUUACAUCAGUUUACAGCACAAUUAUUCAGUCACACUUACGAAUUAUUUCAUUGUAGGGACUAGGGGGUCGAUGUGGCUGUAAUGUGAUUCACAUGAAAUGUAAUGCACAUGUACACUGGGGUAGUAAAUGUGUCCCCAGCUCCCCAACCCAUGCAUGUACUGUAUGCCUAACUACACCUGUUUUCAUUUCACAAACGUACACAUCAACAUGUAUGGGUAUUUAUGCACUGUGACAAGUGAUGCCAGUAACACGAGUGGAAUUUGCUGGUAUGUGUAUGUACAUGUACACAGAGUACUGUGUAUACUACACUACCACAUCAUAUUGAAAUAGUUAAAUGUAAGAAUAUACGUUUUUGUCAAGUGAUUUUCAUAUACAUGUACAUGUAUGACUCAGGACCAUAAAUAUCCAGUAUCAAAGAUGAUUAGUCUAAACCACUUAUCUUGGUUUAAGACCACAUAAGGGCCGUCUGCACCAUCCCGAGUUUUCAAAUUAGCGCGAUAUUUCUGAUCCGGCAAAUUAUCCCGAUCUGAACAAUUUCGAGAUUAUUUGCAAUGGAGACGCAAUUAUCGUGCUAGUUCGUAGGAUUAAUCUCGAGAUUGCAAUCCCAAGUCAACUUGGGAUUAUUUGCAAAAUAGCGCGCUAUUUUACGAAUAAUUGCGCUAAUUCGCCGGUGCAGACACACUCGGGAUUAUUUAUUCACGGCGUCAGACCAUAGUGCAUCGAUGCCUCGCUCGAGCAGGAAUCGCUCUUCUUGCCAUGGUGGAGACGGGGUUUCUUGAAUCUCGAGAUUAAUCGCGAAGAGGGCCGAUCGGGCUAAAAUCUCGAGAUUGAGCAAACUCGGAAUGGUGGAGCACCGCCUAUAGAGUUCAACUGCUUGUAAAUUGAUUACUAGUAGACCAAGUGGCUUUAAAAAGAUUGUUCUGGACAUCCUCAAGUCCCUUCAUGUUUAUUACCAUGCAGUUUAACUUUUACAUAUUACAUGUAACUCUGUGUGUUUGGAAGUGGGUUACACUUUGUGUGUGUUCUGAUCAGUCACCACUGUCAUAGUCGGAUGUUAAAACCUAGAAUGACAUUUUGCACAUACAAGCGGGAACAUUCUUUUGACUAGGAAGAGUUCUGCACAGAUAUUCAGAGACUGUUUUCAGACAAUAUGAGCAGAGGUCACCUCAAUUGCCAUAUAAAAUACAGCUUUUUCUAAGUAACGCUCAUAAUUUUUUUUAGAUAAGAGGUUUCAGCACCCCAGUUGCAAUAUAAUGUGAAUGAGUUCAUAUUUUAUCGGUUAUCUAUUGUUUGUACUAUCAUUUCAGUCAAUAUAUCUUGUUUGUUUUGAUCCUUGUAGCCUUGCAUAGGUCACCAUAAAAAAAUGAUGCAAUAGAGUGACAAUGCACUCUGAUUAGUAUGUGUUCAACUAAAGGCAUACAUUUGCUGGGAAUUAGAGGCCUACAGUCCUACACAUCACCUCAGAAUUCAAUUUCAUCAAAAAGAAUGAUUGUAAUAGCAAAGAAUGUUUUUGUGGAAACCAUUUCAUGAAAGUUGUAUAAAGCUCUUGUUUAUUUCAGUAAAAUCCUUGGUUUUGAUUGGUUGAAAAUUGCCAUUCUUUGACUGUUACUAUGGUAACUGUCGGAGAUUGGGAAUGGCAACUUGCCAGUGCUGGCAACCUUAAUGAAAAAAUGUCCAUGUCAUAAAAAAUGAUAACUGUUUGAAUUCUAUUCAGCCUUAUUUACAAAUGUAUUGCUAUCUUUUUACUGAAGUACGGUGUUUGAUUUUCAGUUCUUAAAGUUAGAUAUUUUAUGUCCAGAUUAUAUUUUCUAUCUAUGUAGCCUAAACAUAUCAAAGCUUUCAUUGAUUGUCAUUGGAAUUUAAUGGGGUGUAGAUUUUUCUUUUGGAAAAAAGAAAGAAAAACUUGUUAUUCUGUUCGCUUUAUUUCAUUUUGACAUGAGAAAACAAAUUUCAUUUGAAAACUACAAGUCAGGUUUAUUGAUAUAUUUGAUCGCAUAAUUUGACAAAACUCUUGAUUCUGAAAUAACAAUGACAAAAAUCUUUUUGAAAAAUGCUGUUUCUUAUACAGGUACAUUGUGAAAUUAAUAUCUUUGGAGGAAAUUAAUUGAUUUUACUUGAGCAGUUGAUAUUUGAGUCUAAAAUGAUUGGGAAAUUACUAGAGUACUACUGAAAUUGAAACUAUAUGUAUGUUCUGAAACUGAAGUAUGUCAAUAAUUAACAAAAUAUAUCUGAAGGAAAUUUGAUUAAUUCAACAAUUUGAAA